CACUUUAAUCAGACGUUAAUUCAGUAGUUAUUUCAAAGCCAUAUUCAAAGCCGGAAUUAAUUUUUUGGUUAAAUUCUACAACCGUUUACGUAGCAUUAGUCACGAAAUGUUAACAGUUGAUAGUUACUCAAGUUCCUAAGAUUUUGUUUUCGAAAAUAUGAAGUAUUCAUAACCUCAUUAAAUAUGUUACACGUCAGUUAAAAAAUAUAUUUACACCUAAUGAAAAAUAUUAAGGAAGCUUUCAAAUAAUGGUAAAAUGCAAAGAAAACACUUCGACGAAUAUGUUUUCUGCAUUUUUGCUUCAGUUCUUGUUAUACACAACUCUUUUUCAACGAAAUUUUCGUACUGUAGGUAACACUAUUCUAUCAGAGGAUGAUCUUACAAAUAAUUCAUCACCUAGAAAUAAACCAUUUAUCGAUGUAACUAAUCUAACUGGAAGGAAUUCUAGCAAAAUCAAGAAUAAUGCAGUGAAUGGAAUUGGGAUUGAAGGAUCCACUGAAUUUGCUUUUUCACAAUUAGCUCAGAAUUCGGGAAUUUCUAACGGUGUGACUGAAGAAGAGGCAGAUGUAUUUACAUUGAUGGAUACAACAACAGAAAUAGAUAGAAAUGCUGAAAUAGUACAGGAACAAACUUCUAGUCAAGUUGAAAGUUCUAAUGCAGAAGAAGAAAAUUAUGCUGAUGAUAAUUCACCCACCCCUCAAAAUUUUGAAAUGUUAACAAAGGAUGAUUUUACUGAUAAUGCAAAUGUAGAAGAGCUGGAUAGUGAAGGGGUUCCUGAAGAUAAUGUAACUGGAAAGACUGAAAAUUUAGUAGUUGAUAGACCAAAGGAAAACUUAACAGAAGAAAUUCCUUCAUUUUCAGAGUGGGCUCAGAAACAAUUAGAGCAAGCAGAAAAAAAUAAAGAGCAAGUUAAUUCUUCUACUCAGAGUUCACAGAUAAACGGAAAAUCUGUGAAAAAACGCUCUAAAAAUUAUGCAUCUCCUGAUUGUGGAGCUAAAAUUAUAGCUGCAAAUCCUGAAGCUAUCAGUCCAGGUUCUGUUUUAUCCUCUUCUAGAGAUGAAUAUAAGCUUAACAAGUGUACUAGCCGUAUUUGGUUUAUUGUAGAACUUUGUGAAGCUAUACAAGCAAAACAGAUAGAUUUAGCUAAUUUUGAAUUAUUUUCGUCAUCGCCUAAAGAUUUUAGUAUAUAUGUAAGUGAUAGAUUUCCAACUCGAGAUUGGUCAAACGUCGGACAUUUUACAGCCAAAGAUGAAAGAGAUAUUCAAACAUUUGAUCUUCAUCCUUAUUUGUUUGGAAAGUUUAUCAAGUUUGAAAUGCACACUCAUCAUGGAUCAGAACAUUACUGCCCAAUUUCAUUGUUCAGAGUGUUUGGAACUUCAGAGUUUGAAGUUUUACAAACCGAAGAGCAGACACACUCUCACAAUAUAUAUGAUGAAGAUGAUGAUGAUGAAACGUUAGAUUUUGACCAUGAGGAUGUUCCUAGAAAUCUACUUAGUUCAGCCACAGAUGCAGUUAUUUCAAUAGUAAAAAAGGCUGCUCAAGUUUUAGGGAAAAAAGGAAAUAUUUCAAAUGAGACAGUAACUGUAGGCAGUAAUAAAAGUAUACCAACAUUUGAAAAAAGCGUAGAAUGUGUAUCUCCAACACAUAUUUUGGUUUGUAAUAAUUGCAGUGAUGAAAUGUAUGCCGAUGUUUAUAAUAUUAUCAGCUGCCAAUCUAGAGUAUUACAUGCAUUAAUAAGUAAUGAAAAUUUAAAAAUUGCUUUUAAAAAUUUAAACUUGUGCAGUAAUUAUGGUUUGAAUUUCUAUAGAAAUGGGGAUUCUGUGGCUAAAAUUCAUUAUUUAGUUUUAAUGUUUCUUCCUCCAAAAUACGUAGCAGCACUUUGUAACAUUCUAGCUGUGUUGGAGAAUAAAGUAGUUCGUAAUUCUACUGUUCACUGUUUUAAUUGCACAAAAAGUUUGCCAAAAGAAAAUAAUGAUAAGACAUUCCAAGGCAAAAUGGAGAAUAUUGUAGAAAGCGCUUUAUCUUCUCAAAAGAAUCUUAAGAAAGAAGAUGAAAUGAUUGAUUCUGAAGAAAAAAGAGAUCUUAAUUUAAGUUCUUCACAUGUAAAUAAGACAGAUGUGAAUCUUAAAAACGAAGAGGAAAUUACUGACUUGUCAUCUAAUUUUACAAGUGCUUUAGAUAGUUCUCAAAUUAAACAUGAUAAAAAUUUAACAAAUGCUGAAAUAAAUUUGGACAGUGAUGUUUCUAAUAUUAAUAUUGAGUUGGACGAAUCUCUAGAGAAUUUUUCUUCAGAAGGAAUUGAAAAUCAAGGUGAAGUGCAUGUAACUACUGUACCCCCAGUAGGACCACAAUCACAAAAUAAGGAAUCAGUUUUUGUGCGAUUAACAAAUAGGAUAAAGGCUUUGGAACGAAAUAUGUCGUUGUCUAGCCAGUAUUUGGAAGAAUUAAGCAAACGAUAUAAAAAGCAGGUCGAGGAAAUGCAACGUUUAUUAGAUAAAACGAUAACGAAUUUAAACGAGGAAAAUUUUAAAAACGAAAAAAGAACACAAAAACUUGAAGAUCAAUUAACACAACUUACAGCAGCGAUCGAAGUGUUACUAGCAGAGAGAAAUUUUUGGCUGACUUUGUUAUAUUGGUUGUUAGUAGUAUUAAUUAUCUCGCUUUUUCUUUGCCUUUUUUGUGGGAGAAAUUUUCUUUUUCGGCAAUCGUCAGUUGGGCUUAAGGAGACAACUGAAGCACAGUUUGGGAAUGCUAACGACAUUAACGUGAACAAGACUUUAUUAAAAAAGAAAAGAAGACGUAGCGAGGACAUUUUGAAUACUGGUUAUCAACAUUUAUUAAUCGAGGAAACGGAAAUGAACGAGAAAAGAAAAGAUAAGAAGAAGAAAAGGAAAAAAUCCCACACAUUUGUACGUUCAAAAUCAACAACAACAUUAGCAGAAGAGGUAAUCAAUGAAGAGCAUAAAUAUAGAACUAUUCAUACUGAAGUUGGAUUUCCCUUUAUGAAAUUACCCGAAAAUAAAAUGGAGUCUUUAAGUUCCUGUAAUUAUGAGCCAGAUUACAUUCCCAAUAAAAUACAAGAUGUUCCAUUUGUAUUAGAUGAAAAGGAAUAUACAGGAGCUGAUCCAUUUAUUUUCAGUGAAUAUAAAAUGAAGCCAAACAUUAACGAUGGCUGUAUUAAAGAAAACAAUUAUCCAGUGCAAGCAUUAACAUCACGUAUACAAAAUGAUGGAAACUUGAAGUCCAACAGCAAAACUGUUAAGAAUAAUUGUAGCAAUCACAAAAAAUCGUCAAGUGUUGAUCUUACCAAUAAUAAGAAAAAGAAGGAGAUUCUUGUUGACAGUUUAAAUAGUUCAGAGGAAUUAGCUAAUCCUUUAACUAAUCAGAGAGAUAAAAAAGGAGCUUUGAAAAAGAUAUUGAAAUCGCUAAGCUUUAAACAUAAAGUAAACGAAGUUCACUAACUGAAGUUACUUUUCCAUUUCAUAGACUAGAUUCCUUUUCCACUAUAUCAAUAUGUACUUUGAUAUAAAUAUAUAUGCGAUCAUUAUAUUAUCGUUUUAGAAUAUUUUAUUUACUUUUAUUUAUUGCACAUACUGUAGUAUAGCAUUUUGUUAAGUUAUUUUUUUGGAGCUUGGUAAGGAUACUGUGAUAAUUUACUAUUUUCAAU